AUGAGACGCUUUAUUUUCAGAGAGCACUCCCUACGGCGCCUUUGUGGAUUUCCUUGCCGUUACUUUGGCAGCACUGUAGAUGCCCCUGAAGCUAUCCGAGAAAUUCUCGCCGCGGAUGAACGGGAUCAACGUAAGCGAGAGUUGGCUGUAGAUACAAGGUCUGUUGUUUUCACAAGUGCCGCAAGUGCCGAUCACAGACCACGAAUAGCUGCUGCUGAGGCAUUUGAUGUUGCUGCAGCCGCACUACCACAACCUCCUAAUUUUUGCUUUAUGAGUGUUUCACUGGAUUAUGCUGGAAUGAUGGAUGCUCCUGAAGUUGUAUGGUAUAAUUUAUGCAAAGUUAACGGCGUUACACCAUCAACUGUAAAACCACAACAACUUCACAUGGUGGGUGGUGCUGUACGACAUCAGAGACCUGGAGGUGGUUAUAUUCAAUUAUUACUUGGUUGUAUACCCGACUUGGAAAGUGAUGUCUUUACUUUUGAUGCGAUUCCUGAAGUAGAGGAUUUCACAGAAUCUAACAGACCACCACCAGCUAUGUGUUUUUCAUUAUUAGAUAACAAGUUAGCACUACAAUAUGAACGUGUACUCUCUGGUCACCUUCAAGUUUUGGGUGAACGACUUCAUGGAUUACCCGUUGUAGGAGGUGUUUGUCCUCCAGCAUACAAGACAAAUGAUGGUAAUAAAGUAAAGAGUAGUGAAAAUAAUGAUGGUGACUCAGUAAUGAAUGAAAUGGGAGACUCUGUUUUCUUUAUUAAUGAUCGUGUGUAUACUGGAAGUGCGGCAGGUGUAGUUCUACGAAGUUCACUGUUGAAAGGACAUCAAGUAAAUGUUGUCCCCUCAAUCAGUGUAAAUACAGUAAAAGUAACUUCUGUGAGUUGUACAGAUGGGGUUUACAACAUUAUGACUUUAGAUGGUCGAAAAGCUACAGAAGUUAUUAAAGAUGUUUACUGUUCCAGCGAUUUACAAGGAAAAACAUCUAAAGUAUUCCUUGGUAUCCGACACGAUAAUGUUUGUAUUCCUCUCUCUUUUAUUGGUCAUCCUGAGAGCGGUCAGUUACACUUUACAACUCCAAAGGGAGUAGAAGUAAAGAAUGGAGAUAGUAUUGACUUGGUUGUAGAUGAAACAGAAUUGGAUUCUGAAGCUGCAGCUAGUUUUCUUAUUGGUUUACAACAAAAACUUUCUGUUACUCACGUUACAAAAGACAUAACUGUAGCUCGUGAGGCACGUAAAAAUAUUGUAGCAUCAUCUGUUGCUGCAUUUCACUUUUCACAUGGUGGUAUGAAUGUUAUCGCACGUCCUGAAGUAAAUGUAACACUUGGAAACUCUACUGUUCUUUUUGCCCCUUCACUACUCCAACGCUGUGUAGGAAAAUACUGCCCAACAUCGGGAUUCUUUUGCCCAGGACAGAUCAUUACAUUAGGUAAUACUACAGGUGUUUACGCAAGAUCUAGCAGCUACUGUUUUCUUGAAGGACUCAAGUAA